AUGUUGAUUCCUGGCGUGUGCCUGGCUGUGGAUUUUCAAACAAUUAACAGGCCAUCGCCGAAAACGACCAUUUUAGAGUUUGCCGAUUGCUUUUCCGACCCCUCGCAUCGCGAAGCCCGACGCUCGAUGCCCGACGAAAACGACGCGCCACGCACCUGUUCUUUCGCCAAAAUCCCUCCUUUGUGCACUGCGGUUAUAGCCUCCUCGAUGCCUGUCGCAUAA